AUGACGCCAGCCCUGGUAGUGAUUCCAUUACUAGGGCUUUUCUUUAGAGACACACAUGCCACACCCAAUAUCGUCAUUUUCAUCGCAGACGACCUCGGUUAUGGUGAUGUGGGUUGCUUUGGUAAUACGUCCUUGAACACUCCAAACAUUGACCGUCUUGCGCGGGAAGGCGCUAAAAUGACACACCACCUAGCGGCCGCGAGCAUGUGUUCCCCGAGUCGUACAGCUUUUCUGACGGGGCGGUAUCCGAUCAGAUCAGGUAUGGUGCCGUCAGGACAUAUUCGAAUAAACACAUUUGUUGCCAGCUACGGAGGACUUCCUACAAGCGAGGUUACCAUAGCGGAAUUGGCAAAAUCGGCAGGCUACAAGACGGCUUUAAUAGGGAAGUGGCACUUGGGUUUGAGCCGUACAUAUGGAGACAAUAUCUAUCACCCGAGGAACCAGGGGUUUGACACCUUUUACGGCCUCCCUUUAACAAACCUUAGAGAUUUUGGCGAUGACGGGGACUCCAUUUUCAGAGACUACAUUCCAGUGUGGCAGUGGCGAUGUUUUGCUAUUACAUUGAUCGGAUUUUUGACGUCUUUUGGACUUUACAAGCGAAAGUAUGUCGGGACUCCAUGUUGUUUAAUGUUAAUCAUACUAACUAUAUUAUUAGUGGGAACAUUCCUACUUGUUGUUACGAACAUGAAACUAUUGAACAGUAUGAUUUAUAGAGAUUUUGAAAUAGUGGAACAGCCAAUUCGUCUGAGGGGAAUGACCCAAAGAUUCGCGAAAGAGAGCAUAGACUUUCUAGAACAACGAAAAGUCGACAAGAAUCCAUUUUUUCUAAUGGUUUCUUGGACGCAUGUGCAUACGGCUAUCCAGGUAACGAAAGCCUUCCGAGGGCGGACGCGUCACGGUCGCUAUGGUGAUGCGGUGGAGGAACUUGACAGUGGGGUAGGUGAAAUUACGGAUGCUCUGGACAGACUUGGACUUAGCGACGAAACUAUUGUCUACUUUACAUCCGACAACGGUGGUUAUUUGGAAGAAACUGGUCUCCAUGGAGAAAUGGAUGGUGGAUACAAUGGAAUUUUCAAAGGCGGUAAAGGUCAGGGCGCUGUGGAAGGGGGUAUACGCAUGCCAGGGGUGAUUCGAUGGCCAGGUAAAAUCACACCCGGUACGGUAGUAGACGAACCUACCUGGAUGAUGGACAUGUACCCGACACUAGCGAGUGCGAUGAGGGCCAAGAUACCUAGUGAUCGUUCUAUAGACGGAAAAGACAUUCUUCCUCUCCUCAGUAAGACCGACACAGUGUCACCUCAUUCAUUCAUGGUUCAUUACUGUGGAAUCGACGUACAUGCUAUUCGAUAUAGACCAAGAACAGGUAACAAGGUUUGGAAACUGGUGUUUAGAUCGCCUAACUAUGUUCCUGGAACAAACAAAUGUCUUCCUAUAUGUACCUGUCCAGACGCAGUGAUCCACAAUGAACCUUUACUACAUGACUUAACAUCGGACCCAAGUGAAGCCACCCCUAUUAACUACUCGGGUGAUUCUCAACUGGAAAAUGUGGUAGCCAUCAUACAGGAGGCAUACAAACGUCACAUACGGUCUAUCGAGCCCGUGGAAAUUCAAUUUUCUACUCCAAAUGUGAUGUGGAGGCCUCAUUUACAAGUGUGCUAUCAGAUUCCAGAAUUCCAUACUUAUAGCAGACAAUACUUGAACGAAGGUCUACAAGUCCAUCAAGCAGGAUUGUACUUCAACCAGCUUCAGCUAUUUAUUACUGAUGCUGAGGCUCCAAUUCUGUGUGCAUCUGAGAUUGCAGUUGGGAAAGUUGACAUCAUUGCAUGUCUUCAAAUAGAGUAA